AGCUGGACAAUAUUAGUUUAGUAGAUGGUGAUAGGCUUGCGAUAGGCACAUAGGCCUACAAGUAAAAUCCAAAAUGACCACCACAAAUACGGCCGGCUCGGCGAUUGAUGCGGAAUACAUCGUAAAACAGAUCAAAAAUACUAAAGAUACGCUCGCGAAUGUUAUGAGAUUAGCGAAUCUGGCCAUUGAUCAAAAUGCAGAAGUUGACCUUGGGACGAAGACAACUGAGGUGUCAAACAACAAGCUUGAGAAAAGUUUAGAAGAUUUUUACAUUGCAUGUGACCAGCUCCAGCUCUUUUUGGGCCUUAUGAGCGAAUCUGCUACUCAAACUCGGAACAGAGGAAGAUACACACCAAAACCUAUAUGCAGCAGCAAAACAGAGAAUUUGACAGGAACACAAACCUACACUGAGUAUCUAUCGACAGUGCGUACCCAGAUAGCUGCUACAAAAGAACUUCAUGAAUUGCUGUCAGACUUUUGCUAUACUCAGCUACCAUAGCCACAUUGAUAUUUAGAGCCAGUUUCUAUUUCUCAGUACUAUUAUUCUGACCAAGGUCACAAAAACGAAAUUAACUAGUCACUAAGAAAUUGAUAAUGAUUCCAACUUUAUUCAAUUAUGCCAAUUGUUAUAAUUUCAAUAUAUCAACUAAGUUGAAAUGGUAAAUUGGCCACCGUUAUGAUUAUAAAAGCUAACGUCUC